AUGGCAAGCCUCAAUCUUAUGAAGUUUCUCUCUCUAGCAUUUCUCUUAGCCGUAGCCACGAGUUGUUCCACUGGAUCAACCACGGCCGUUAAAGGUUUAUACUGGCUCGACAACCCUGUUUUCCCUUCUUCGGCCAUAGACACAUCACUCUUCACACACGUUUACUACGCUUUCAUUGAACCCAACAACGUCACAUACAAACUAGACAUUUCAAAUUCCACAGCAACAACACUCACAACGUUCACCAACAGCUUCCUAAUUAAUUCAGUUAAGACACUUAUCUCCAUCGGUGGUUCAAACACCGCCGCAAUCUUCGCUAACAUCGCCUCCAACGUCACCACGCGCGCAACCUUCAUUAACUCCACCAUCGACGUUGCAAGAACCUUCGGUUUCGAUGGUGUUGACCUAGAUUGGGAAUUCCCUCGAAGCUCCAACGAAAUGAACGACCUCGCUCAACUUUUCCAAGAGUGGCGUCACGCCAUCGCCGUAGAGGCCUCCGCCGCCGGCCGGCCGCCGCUUCUUCUCACCGCCGCCGUUUACUUUGCCGUGGAUUUCUUCCUCUCCGGUACCCCGCGUACGUACCCGGUGGCUUCCAUCAACCAGAACCUCGACUGGGUCAACGUGAUGAGCUACGAUCUUCACGGGUCGUGGGAAAACAAAACCGGAGCCCCGAGUGCGCUUUUCGACCCGAAAAGUAACGUCAGUGUGGCGUAUGGGUUGCAGUCGUGGAUCCGGGUCGGGGCUCUUCCGCAGAAGAUGGUGAUGGGUUUGGUACUUUAUGGGAGGACGUGGCAGCUGCAGGACCCGAGCGUGCAUGGAAUCGGGGCGCCUGCUGUUGGGUCGGGUCCCGGGUUGGAUGGUGCGAUGGCGUUCUUUCAAGUGUUGGAUUUCAAAAACGAAACGGGUGCAAACGUUGUGUACGACGUUGAAACGUUGUCGGUUUAUUGUUAUAACGGGAGUUCAUGGAUUGGGUACGAUGAUCCCUUAACUGUAACGGUCAAGGUUGGGUUUGCUCAAUCUCUUUCCCUUCGUGGCUAUUUCUUUUGGGCUGCUGGUUAUGAUAGUAGCGAUUGGAAAAUCUCAACUCAAGCUUCGAAGGCAUGGAUACUUGCAUGA